AAAUAUAUAUAUAUAUAUAUAUAUAUUGAUGUCUUAAUUACUCGCCGGGCAGGAUUAUUUCUCGGCCAAGUUUUCUAGCUCAGGUGUUUGAUGUAAAAGUUGUUGUGGUUUGGUGGAAGGGAAUGAGUUCAAUGAGCAGAAGCAGGAGUCGAAGUCGGAGUCGUGAUCGGUUUCGUAGUCGGAGUCCUAGAGACAGGAGAAUGAGACCUGAGCGAAUUUCUUACCGUGAUGCUCCUUCUAGAAGGGAGCCACGUCGUGCUUUCAGCCAAGGGAAUCUCUGCAACAACUGCAAGCGUCCUGGUCACUUUGCAAGAGACUGUUCUAAUGUUUCCGUCUGUAACAACUGUGGCCUUCCAGGGCACAUUGCAGCAGAAUGCACAGCAGAAUCACGGUGUUGGAACUGUAGAGAACCGGGCCAUGUAGCCUCAAACUGUUCAAACGAAGGAAUCUGCCACUCGUGUGGCAAAGCUGGACAUCGAGUGAGAGACUGCACUAACCCGGAUUCUCGUCCAGGAGACUUGAGGCUCUGCAACAACUGCUUCAAACCGGGGCAUCUCGCUGCUGACUGCACAAACGACAAGGCGUGCAAGAACUGCAGGACUUCAGGUCACAUAGCUCGUGACUGUCGGAACGAACCGGUUUGCAACAUCUGCAGCAUCUCUGGCCAUGUUGCUAGACAAUGCCCGAAAGGGGACAGC